UCUCUCUCUCGGGCGUGUGGUGUGUCAGAGAGGGUCACACCAUGGCGGCGCUUCGUACUUUGGGCUUGUAUAGCCGUUCGGCAGUGGCCUCGCAGCUGGUCCUGCGUCAAACUCUGGCCAGUUCGGCCCGCUGGAGCAUGACCAAGGCUCAUGUCAUUACCGACGAUGAUGGGUCUUCCGUGACCCCGCUUGAGGAGCACCUGCACCGCCACGAUGAUAUCCACCAGCGCCUGGAAACCGCACGCCAGUGGGCUGAGGUUGGCGGUGGUUCGGCUGCCGUGGAGAAGCGCCACGAAAAGGGCAAGCUGACCGCCCGCGAGCGCAUUCACCUCCUCCUCGACCCCAACUCCUUUCGCGAGUAUGACAUGCUUAUGGAGCACCGCUGCACCGACUUUGGCAUGGACAAGAAGAAGUUCCCGGGUGAUGGCGUGAUCACUGGCACCGGCCGCAUCAACGGCCGUCGCGUCUUUGUCUUCUCCCAAGACUUUACCGUCCUUGGCGGCUCCCUUGGUGACACUCAUGCCAAGAAAAUCUGCAAGAUCAUGGACAAGGCCAUGGAACUUGGUGCCCCCGUCAUUGGUCUCAACGACUCGGGUGGUGCCCGCAUUCAGGAGGGCAUUGAUGCUUUGGCCGGCUACGCCGACAUCUUCCAGCGCAACGUCAUGUCGUCGGGUGUCAUUCCCCAAAUCUCCGUCAUCAUGGGCCCCUGCGCCGGCGGUGCCGUCUACAGCCCCGCCCUCACAGACUUUACCUUCAUGGUCCGCGACUCGUCCUACUUGUAUGUCACUGGCCCCGAUGUGGUCAAGCAAGUAACCAACGAAGACGUGACUCACGACGAGCUUGGUGGUGCUUCGGUGCACACCGUCAAGUCAGGUGUGGCGCACUGCGCGUACGAUAACGACGUCGAAGCCUUGGCGGCUGUGCGUGAUCUUGUCGGCUUUAUGCCCUCAAGCAACAAAGAAAAGGUCCCCUCCAUUGUGUCCAACGACUGGGCGGAUCGCCAAGAGCCCUCGCUCGAGACGGUGGUGCCCAAGGAUCCCUUCAAGGCGUACGACAUGAAGGAGGUCAUCACCAAGCUCGUUGACAGCGGCCGCUUUUUUGAAAUCCAACCUGACCACGCAAAGAACAUUAUCAUUGGCUUUGGUCGCUUUGACGGCCGCUCCGUCGGCAUUGUCGCCAACCAGCCCAAGGCUGCCUCUGGUACCCUUGAUAUUAACGCUAGCGUCAAGGCUGCCCGCUUUGUGCGCUUCUGCGACGCCUUUAACGUGCCCCUUGUGACGCUGGUCGAUGUGCCUGGCUUCCUCCCUGGUACCGCUCAGGAGUACGGUGGCAUCAUCCGCCAUGGUGCCAAGCUGCUGUACGCGUACGCCGAGGCAACCGUCCCCAAGAUCACCAUCAUUACUCGCAAGGCCUACGGUGGUGCUUACGAUGUCAUGAGCUCAAAGCACCUGCGCGGCGACAUCAACUAUGCUUGGCCCCAAGCCGAGGUGGCCGUCAUGGGCGCCAAGGGCGCCACCGCCAUCAUUUACCGUCGCGAGAAGGACCCUGAGGCUCUCAAGGAGCGCGAACGCGAGUACACGGAAACCUUCACCAACCCCUUCCCCGCUGCUCGCCGUGGCUUCGUGGAUGACAUCAUUGACCCUGCCACCACGCGCCAACGCAUCUGCGAGGAUCUCGAACUUCUGGAGAACAAGUCCAUUAGCAAUCCCGCCAAGAAGCACGGCAACAUUCCUCUUUGAGGACUCGCUGUAGAAUACCAAGCAUGUCUGCCGACCCUUCUGUUUUUUUUUUUUUUUGUUGGCUGUUCUCGACUCGACUUUCCCUCGAUGCCACACUUGCCUCAGCCCGACUCCGCACUCGCCAUGGCCUUAGGCUCAAGGAGGGUUACUUGGAUGGGGUGACAUGAUUGUUGUACGCGCAAAAUCGAUUCAUUCUUG